UGCAUAUGAUAUGAUAUCCUUGUCUUUAUUAUUACUCCGGAUGCAGUCUAACCAGAAUCUGAUAAAGCUGCAAUGAAGGUGUUGUAAUUAGUUUCUGUGAGACAGAUGGGUUCAGUGAAGGAGAACUUGUGCUGAUUGGGCACCCUCCAUUACCCGGAAGCAGUGCUGCUUUUCCGCACUCCGGCCCGGGAUGGCGGUCUACCGGACUACGUGUGGUCUCUUCAGGCGCCUUUUCAGGGUUGAUGGUGUUCCACUUUUGAAUUAUGCUGCCAAUAAUAUGCUAACAGUAUGCCUAUGUAGGAAAAGGUUACUGCCAAUUUUUCCAUCAAGAAUUCAUUGGGGAUCUUCACACUAUUCCGUAGCUCCCUCGAUAACAGUAACAAAUGACCCUGAUACACUUUACAAGAAGAUCUCUGUGUUGGUAAAAGGCCACGAUAAAAUGGUACUGGAUAGCUAUGAAUAUUUUGCCACACUUGCAGCUAAAGAGUUGAACAUCACUGUUGAUAAAGUGUGUUCUAAGGAGGAAUGUGGGGCCAGAGAGAUGGUGUCUGCCAUUGACCUGUUGCUCCGGUAUGAGCCUCCAAAGAAAGUUGAUAGAUUGACACUUCUCAAAUCUAUUCACAUUUUCAAGAAACACAGAGUUCAAUAUGAGAUGAGGACACACUACAGAUGUAUAGAGCUCAAACAUUUGACUGGAUGCACUGCUGAUGUAUAUUUGGAAUAUAUCCAGCGCAAUCUUCCUGAAGGAGUCGCAAUGGAGGUGACCAAGACAAUGUUAGAAAAGGUACCUCACCAUCUUAAAGAACCUGUUUGGAAGACAGACCCUCCAGAAGAUGAAGGAAAAUCAGUUUGAUAUAACCAAUGGACAAUAUGUAUGACACCUUAUUUAAUGAGCUAUUACAAUACAAAAUAUUAAAGUUCAUUUGUCAAAGUGAUAUCUUCAAGUUGUAUUAUCUAGGCUGCAAUGUUAAAUAAUAAAGGUAAUAUUCUUGAAUUUGCCAAGACUACAAAACGGAAGAAAAGGAUUUAGCAGCUAAACAAAGAUGUUUACCCAUAUGUAAUUUCCACAAUGGCAAGCCAUUUGAAGCUAUAUUACACCCAAUUAAGUAAAUUUCCAUACAAUCACUGUUCCACUCAGGGAAACAUGGCAGAAAUUAGAACCUAACAAAACAAAGCCAGUAUGAAAUGAUAAUCUCUACCCACCAUUAAGAGAAGGGGGUUUAGAGUAAUAUUUCAGAUGAAAUACAGUACAGCACUACCACUACUUAAAGUAAUCACAGUUCCCAAGCUGGAAAUGGCACAUAAAAAUAUUUUCAAACUGCAUAAAAGUAGAGUUCAUGAUUCUUUACGAUAGAGAUCUUCAACCUCACGAGAUGUCUAGACAUAAUGCACGAGUAAUGGUUCAUUCAAGAUUUAAAUGUGCAUGAAGCAAUGAAAAGUAAUAUAAAUAAUUUGGGAGUCCAAGGAGUUACAGGAAUAUACAGUAAUGGCUUGAAACAUCUGUUCCAAGUAUUGUUGGCAGUCUAAACUAAAUUUCUUUGGCAGUUUUAUUAUUUGCCGCCCUUCUUUUUAUCAUCUCAUUAUUUUUUAUCUGUAUCCCACAAUAAAAAUUUUUAAUAAUAAAUGAUUUUAUA